GAGAAAACUAAACAGUCUAAUCAUCUUAAUGAUAAUGCAGUGGAUACAUGUCUCCUGAGUAUGCUAUGGAUGGUAUCUUCUCUGUGAAAUCCGACGUAUUUAGCUUUGGUGUUCUAGUACUUGAAAUCAUAAGCGGGAAGAAGAACAGAGGGGUUUACCUCUCUCAUCAACGCAUGAAUCUUCUAGGCCAUGCAUGGAGUUUAUGGAAAGAAGGUAAUGGCUUGGAGUUGGUGGACGAAUCAAUAAUUCACUCAUUUCCCAUGGCUGAAGCGUUGAGGUGUAUAAAGGUGGGUCUCUUGUGUGUUCAAGAACACCCAGAGGACAGGCCAACAAUGUCCUCUCUGGUGUUCAUGUUGGGCAGUGAAAGCGCUUCUCUCCCAGACCCUAAACAACCUGGUUUUGUAACAACGAAAGGCCGCUUGGAAACUUACUCAUCAUCAAGCAAGCAAGACUCAUUAACUGUAAAUGGCUUAUCAGUCACAAUAUUUGAAGGCCGAUAGUAAAUCCCAGAGUAAAUGCAACCAUAAGAAAUUGUAAAUUUUCUACUGUGGAUUGGGAGAGAGGAUGCCAACCAGCUAAUUAUCUUCAAAUUUUGCUUUGCUCUGUUGGACCAACUUCAUUGUCCUAAAUCUAUCACUCCUCUAUUGUCUGAGUGGUGCACAUCAUCAUGUGGCUUCUAAGAAAAGGGUUAUAUAAGGUGAUAUGCUAAAAGGACCAAAUCUACAGCUCAAAUUAGCCUUCAUC